AUGCAAUUACAACGACGAUUUUUUAAUUUAUGGCUUUCAUUUGAUUUUCUUGCUCGAUAUAAAAUCGACAAUGAAAAUGAUUCAGGAUUAUGGCUUGAGUGUUUUUAUUUAUUAACUGAUGGCGGUAAACGAAUGGACAUUGUAGAUGAACGUCUACGAACUCGUCUUCUUAUUCAAUUUAUAAAUGGAAUUUUAAUAGGUCCAAUGAGUCGAAAUACACAAGCUUAUCAAACAUUGAAAGAAUCAAUCACAAAUAAUUGUCAUUUACGGAAUGAUGAAUUAGCAUGCAUUUUAGAAUGUAUAUUUCGUCAUUUAAAUCGUGAUGAUGAUGAUCCUACUAGUCUCAAUCGCGGCUUAAAUCAAACAGCAAUUAAAAGAUCAAUUGAAUUUUUAUCAUGGAUUAUUAAUAACCAUGUAUUAAAUACAACAUUAAUACAUUAUUUUAUUCAAAAUAUUGUUGAUUUACAUGAUAAAUAUACGUUUUCAACUGGAAUUAAUACGGAAUUAUUGCAAUUAAUUAGAAAUCAUUUAGCCAAAGCUCAGUGGCAUAGUAUAUCAGUUAUAUCUGUUCUAUGUGGAAUAAUUGUUGAAAGAUUAGAAACUCCAAUAAAUAAUGAUAUUGAUCCAUUAUCAACAUUAUUAUUUGUUUUAACUCAAACAUUAAUUGAUGUUCAUCAAUAUCGUUCAAAAACUCAACAUCAUGUACAAUUAUCAAAUGAUGAUAUAAUACAUCGAAAAUGUUUUUUAAAUCGUAUUCAACAAUUACCAUUAUGUUGGUUAACAAUUCUUCAUCAAGUAUUAAUGAAACGUCAAAAUGUUAAUAUUAUAUUAAUCAAUUUUCAACAAUUUUUAAAAUCUUUAAAUGAUAAAAAUUAUUCAUGUGCAUUAAACUUAUUCAGUAUGACUGUAUGGAAAAUGAUGGAUGAAAUUAUGAAAAUAUGUUAUCGAUAUUUAAUUGUUGAUCAAAAGAGUACAACAACAACACGAGCACUCUAUGACGAUUGUUUAAAUAUGUUUGAAGAUUUUGCAAAUAAACUAUGUUGUUUACCACAUACAAUGAUAACACAUUUAUUUGAUAUUAAACGUUUAACAUCCAUAUCGAGAACACCACUUCGUGAACAACUGAUUAAACAAUCAUGUACGAAACUCUUACAUCUAAUUCGACCAAACAAUCCAGAAUGGUCAGUUGCAUUAAAAGAACUUACUGAACAUAUUAUUUUGAAUUCUAAAGAAGCAGUUACAACACGCAUUGAUGUCUUAACAACGGUAUUUGAUAAAUAUUUAUGGUUUAAAAUGACUGAUCAGGUGACAAUUAUUGGUCAAAUAAUACUUGAAACAUUAGAAAAUUUAAUUUACAUUGAUUUAAAUUCAAUAACUGAAAAUGAAUUUCUUAGUAAACAUGCACUUAUGAAACAAAAUGCAAUUAAAUCAAUAUUUGAAUAUUUUUUAUUGGAUCAUUCAAUUGAUUCAAAUAUCGCUAAUCAUUGCUAUAAAAUACUUAAAGAGAUUUAUGAACAAGAUUUGGCAAAUAUUUCAUCAAUUGAAUCUAUUCAUCGACCAUUAAUUGAAUAUAUUCUUGAACAAAUGUAUUUACAUUUUGAAAAUAAUUUAACAUAUACACGUUUAACAUCAUUUAAUCAUUGUUCAAUGAUAUUAAAUUUUUUUAUUAAACAAUUUUUUUCAAAUUAUUCUAAAAUAGUAUCUUGUAUACAAACAAAAAUCCGUAUUCUUAUAUGGCAAUUAUUAUUAAAUAUUCGUAUACGUUCAUCUGAUUCACGUAUAGGAAUGUAUUUAAUUAAAAUGGAAACCAUUGUCUAUGGAACAUAUCGAACUAAUGGUGAUCAUAAAACAAAUGAGAAUGAAAAUUUUCUUGAUCUUCAUGAUUAUUUAUCAAAUAUGGUCGAUUGGUUUAAAUGUGAAUCGCCUGAAGCAGCAAAUGUAAUAUUAGAAUAUUUGUGCAAUUUUCUUAAAGAACAAUCAAUGGUUAAUCUAAGUCAUAUUAAUAUUGAUCAAUUAAUACCAUUAUUGAUCAAUAUGUUUCACGAUGAUUUACAUAAGAAAACAUCAUCAUUAUCAUUGAAUUGUUUAAUUAUUUGUACUUGUUAUAAAAAUCAAAUCUUGCAAAUCAAUAAUCUUAUUGAUUGUUUUAUUAAAGCAAUGAAUUCUUCGAAACCUUCUUUUAUUAUAACGGCUAUUCAAGCUUUUAUUAUAUGUUUAUCUAAUCUUCAUGAUGAAAUUCAAUUAUAUAUUCCAAAAAUUAUUUUAUAUUUAACUAAAAAAUUUAAUUCUAAUAUUAAUAUAUCCCAAGUCAUUCUUGAAUUUUUAAUGCAUCUUUUAUUUGAAAAUUAUUAUGAUACAGUAUUAACAUCUAAUUUAUUUCAAAUUUUAAUUGAUAUUAUAAAAGAAUAUCAAUGUCAAACAGCACAUAAUCUUAUAUUAUCUCAUACAAUAUUAUGUUUUUAUUUUAAUCAAUUAUCAAUGAAUCAACGUCAAUGUUUUUCUUAUUUUAUUCUUCGAUCAUUACAAGAAACAUCAUUUUCUGGUGUUCAAGAUUCACUUUUACUCGAACGACCACCACGUUUACAACGUUCAGGUUCAUUAUCAUCAUUAAAUGAUGAUAUACAUAAUAAUGAUCUAAUGAAACGUAAAAUGACAAUAUUAGAAACGACACCAUCAUCACAAGUAACUAAUCUUGAUGAUAAUAAUAAUCUAUUAAAAAAAUUAAAUGAUGAAUUAAUACGUAUAACAAUAAAUUAUUUAAAUGAUCAUUUAUAUGAAUUUAUUAUACCAAAUACAAUUCUAAUAUUAUUACCACGUGAAGUACGUCGUCAUCAUUUAAAUAAUAGUUGGUUAGCUGAUGAAAAAAUUUUAUAUGAAAUUAAAUCAUAUGAUUUUCAUCAAUUUAAUCAAUCAAAAGAUUUUUCAUCAAAUCUAACACAUGAUUAUGAUGAUACAAUGAAAAAUCGUUAUCGACGUUAUACAGAUGGAAAUAAACAAAAUGUUCGAAAAAAUAAAAAAUUAUCAAUUUUAACAUCAUGUCAAGAUGAUCUUCAUAUUCGACCAUUAGAAUUAGAUACAAAUCGAUCAUUGUUUAAUGAAAGAAAUUUAUGGAUUGCUGUUACAGUUCGUUCAUUUACAAGUACAAAAACAUUUUUAGCUAUUAAUUUAUCAGCAUCACCAGGAAUCAUUCAUAUUAAAAAUGAACAACUUCAUUGGUUUGAAGCGGUUAAAUUAAAUGAUACAGCUGCUGAUAAAUUAAAAUUAAUUAAAACUAUUCCUAAUUAUUGCCAACAAGAACAGAGUAAUUACUCAAUCAAUGAAACUGCAUUAAACGAUGAACUUCAAUCAAUGAUAACUAAUAUUGAUCGAAAAGAUGAAGAAAGUAUGUUAAAUCGUCAUAAUGAACAUUAUUUUCCUCAAAAAGUUCUUCGUGUACCAUCAGAAGUUUGUAAAUCAAUAGAAUUAAUAGAUAAUGUAGAACCAGUACGUGUAGCAAAGAUUGGUGUUGUUUAUAUUAAUUCUGGACAAGAAAUAACUGAAAUAAAUAUUUUAUCAAAUAUUCAAACAUCAAACCGAUAUAAACAAUUUAUGUUAUCAAUAGCUAAAUUAAAAUCAAUACAAGAUUUACAACAAGAAAAUUUUUAUUGCCCAUUAUUAGAUGCUAAUAAUUCGGAUAAUUGUGGUCAAUAUGCUUAUAUCUGGCAAAAUUCAAUUUAUCAAGUCUUAUUUCAUGCAUCAACAAUGAUGCCAAACACACGAUCAGAUCAUGAAUUUAAAAAGAAAUUAAUUGGAAAUGAUUAUGUUAUUAUUGUUUAUAAUGAAAGCGAUUAUGGCUUUGAAAUGAAAACAUUAAAAAGUGGAGUAUGCCAAUAUGCUAUUGAAGUUUGUCCACAAAUGAAUUCAAAUUAUACUCGUGUUCGACUUAAACGACGAAAUCAAACUAACACAACACAAAAUUCUUCAAUGGUGAACACAACAUCAUUAAAUAAUAUUGAUUAUUUAUUAUCAGAUGAACAUGUUGCAUCAUAUGUUCGUACAUUAGCAUUAUGCUUAUGUCAACAAGGUGAACUUGAAGCUCGUCAACGUUCAUCAUCACCUAUUCCUUUUGUCAUAUCACCAUGGCAAAAUCGUCUUCAAGCACUUCGAUCAUUACAUACUCGUUGUUUUCUUUCUUAUAAUAAUCGACAAUAA